GCAUCUCGGCAGCCGCGGUUUGGGCCUGGGGGCCGCCAACAGAGGGUUUGUGCCCGUCUCUGCCGGCUCCCGCAUUCGGCUCAGCUCUCGACGGACGGUCCGCAAAACAUGAGCGUGUCAUUUCGAGUGAACGGCGUGGCCCUCGUGACAGCGAUUUUAUGCUCGUCCGUGGUUCCUCUGGUACCAGGAGGAAGUUCCCAUUCAAAAGCCGAUGAUCUGGAUAUUUUGGACGAACUACUGAGGAAUUACGACCGAAGAGCACUACCAAGCAGUCACUUGGGCAUUGCUACCAGAGUAACCUGCGAGAUAUACAUAAGAAGUUUCGGAUCCAUAAAUCCAUCCAAUAUGGAUUACGAGGUGGAUCUAUAUUUGCGCCAGGCGUGGAUCGACGAGAGGCUUCGGAAGUCCACGCUAUCUCGUCCGCUCGACUUGAAUGACCCGAAACUGGUGCAAAUGAUCUGGAAGCCGGAAGUGUUCUUUGCCAACGCCAAACACGCCGAAUUCCAGUAUGUGACUGUGCCCAAUGUCCUUGUGCGGAUCAAUCCUUCCGGGGAAAUUCUUUACAUGCUCAGGCUUAAGCUCCGUUUCUCCUGCAUGAUGGAUCUGUACCGGUACCCGAUGGACUCCCAAGUUUGCAGCAUCGAGAUUGCUUCAUUUUCCAAGACGACCGAGGAAUUGCUGCUGGAGUGGUCCGGAAGCCAACCGGUGGUUCUCUUUGACAACUUGAAGUUACCUCAGUUCGAAAUUGAAAAAGUGAACACUUCUUUGUGCAAGGAAAAGUUUCAUAUAGGGGAAUACAGCUGCCUUAAGGCAGAUUUCCUCCUGCAACGUUCCUUGGGCUACCACAUGGUUCAGACAUACCUCCCGACGACCUUGAUCGUGGUGAUUUCCUGGGUGUCCUUCUGGCUCGACGUGGACGCCAUCCCAGCCAGGGUGACACUCGGGGUGACGACGCUGCUGACCAUCUCGUCUAAAGGAGCUGGCAUUCAGGGGAACCUGCCUCCGGUGUCGUACAUCAAGGCCAUGGACGUGUGGAUUGGAUCGUGCACUUCCUUCGUGUUCGCUGCGCUCUUAGAGUUUACAUUUGUUAACUACCUCUGGAGGCGGCUACCGAACAAGUUUCUUUGUUCCCAGGUAACUUCGAAUGAAGCUUCGAGUGACGUCCCGAAGAUUGAUACCGCUGCUCAGCUGCUGUGCGACAAAUCGGGCCAUGCGGAAGUGCGCACCACGGUCCAUGGAUUGCGGCCCAACGGCAAAGUGAAUGCCAAGCGGAUCGACCAACUGAGCCGGGUUGCAUUUCCGGCGCUCUUCCUGGCCUUUAACCUCGUCUACUGGCCCUACUACAUUUCUUCCUAGAGCGAGUUCAAUUUGCGCCCUCAUAAAGACCUCGAAGGCCUGAAUUUGUAGUUUCACGGGUAAUCAUCUAAACCGGAGGUAACGUUAUUAGGACAUAUUCCCUUCACUCUAAAUGUGAGCUUAGCCCACGCUCUGAUCCGACGGAGGCAAUCAAGAGCUCGCCGAAUGUGCAUUCUUAAGACGUUCGUCUUCUUUCCGUGUUUGCGUCAUUAUCCCUGAUAAUGACGCAAGCACGUCGUUAUCGUUGACAUUAGUUUGUGCGUUAUUUGUGUGAAAUGGUGAUAGAAAACCCCGACAGACGAGGAGCGUUUUGACUGCGCAUUUUCGAUGGUGCUUGAUUGGGUCCAUGAGAUAGUAGCGUCGGCUCCGCUCAGACAGUGUGAAGCCAAGUAUAGUGCAGGACAUGGGACUUUUUUUUUUUUGAGCGUGACGGUGUUGGGCUUGAAUAAGCAAUGAGCUGCUUUUGGUUUCGCUUAUUUAAAUAAUUGUUAGAUUCUUUUCUAGCGAGAGCUGUGUGCCGAGAUAAAAGUAGGGGCGAAAAUGGACAGCCAAAGAAGGAUUAUUAUGAUUUCUUUUCAUGAUAUAAAUAAUAUUAAAAAAGGUUUUUCCUGCGCAUGUUUUCUUUUUUGCUUAUUACCGCCCAUACCAAAAGUGAGCAUCGCAAAAAGGUUUAACUAUUUAGAAUAAUGCAGAACACAGCAAUCUUUAACAGUCAUUUCUCGAUUUUUAUCAGAAAAAAAGACAACACACUUAUUCUUGUAAUUGUGCAGAUUUUUGAAAAUAAAGUAUUGACAAUUAACAAAAAAUUUCGAAUGUAAAA